CAGACUUGACAACAAACUUAUUUGGUCUGUUUUGUUCCAUUUCAUUGUUUGUUUUGUCAGUUGUAAGUAUUUUUAAGGCAAAAUAUUGUUUUGAGUGUAUCAUUGCAAACUCAUUUACAGCGUGAACAUGUAUGUAAAAAAACGUACACCAAUCAGUAGAAAAUAAUCGGGGUGUAUUCCUUUCGUCUGUGCGGGAUGUGAUAGAGACACUGUACGAGUUAUGCGUCAAUGGAAUGCUUCAGAACAGGAGUCGGGGUAAACAAUAUGGCGGUCAGAGUAGUCGCUAUACUUUCACUUUUAUUAGAGGACAUGGAGGACACCGAAGAUGACAACUUCGGAGACGACGAAGCUGUGGUUGCUUUCAUUGCGGCUUCUAUUGUUCGUGAGGAAAGGGUGAGAAUACAAAGUUACACGGAGCAAAUUGUACCUCAUUACCUGCUGGAUGAUUUUAAGAGGUUCUUCAGGGUCUCCAGAUCAACAUUCGAGAUUUUGUAUGAAAAUAUUUCUGCUUAUGGUGAUCUUGCACCAGGGUGGACUGGAGGAAGGGAGCCAAUACCUAUCGAUAAGCAGUUACUGAUGAUGUUGUGGUAUGUUUCUAGUCACGAGACACUAAAUCGCAUAGCUGAUAGAUUCAAUGUCACAGAAUCAUCCAUGGUGAGGACCAGGGACCGUCUCUUCAGUGUAUUCAUUGAACAUUUAAAAGAAAAAAAUAUAUUUUGGCCGCAGGGAAAUGAUAAAGCUGACAUAAUUAGAGGAUUUGCAAGAAAAGCUAAUUUUCCUGAUGUAGUGGGUGCCAUUGAUGGUACACAUAUUAAAAUAAAAGCACCAAGUCAACAUCCAGAGAGCUAUGUGAACCGAAAAGGUUUCCAUUCGAUUAUUUUACAGGCUGUAUGUCGGGAGGACAUGAGAAUCAUACAUGUAGUUGCAGGAUGGCCAGGUAGCUGCCACGACGCUCGAGUUCUCAGAAACUGUGAUUUAUGGGAUGAAGGUCCUGCCAGAUGUGGAGAUGCUCAUAUAAUCGGAGACACAGCUUAUCCCAUUAGAAAAUGGUUGCUAACACCAUACAGGAAUAAUGGUCAUCUGUCCCACCAACAACAACGCUACAACACAGCCUUAUCAACUACUCGUGUUACUGUUGAACGUGCUUUUGGGAUGUUUAAAGGUCCGUUUUCUCGACCCCAGUGUGUUGAUACAAGAUUAAAACAACUGUUGAUCUGGUAGUAACAAGAUGACAACCACAUUCUUCCCCAUGGUGUACAAGCACUACAAGGCAUGGAUGAUGUUGAGGGGCUUAGAAAGCGGGAACAUCUUACAAGGAACUUGUAUACAUAUGAAAUUUAUUCCAAAAGACUUGUUCAUAUACCGGUAUUAUUGUAUGGAAAUAGUGGGAACAUUUUUACCAAAAACACUUUGAAUUUGACAAACAAGGAGAAUCAAUACAGCUGCAUUUUC